AUGGAAGUAGAUGAUAUCGUGAAUGGACAUGAAAACGAUAUCGAGCACGGGAGGGGGAAGGUGGUGGAGACGGUGGCGGAGAUACAUGACCGGCACGACGCGGCGAAGGAGAUCGAGAGGAGCCUGCUGGAGCUGCACCAGAUAUUCCUGGACAUGGCGGUGAUGGUGGAGGCGCAGGGGGAGCAGAUGGACGACAUCGAGCACCACGUCGUCAACGCGACGCAGUACGUCGACGACGGGACGAAGAGCCUCAAGGUGGCGAAGGAUCACCAGAGGAGCAGCCGGCGGUGCUUGUGCAUCGGAAUCAUACUGCUUUCCAUUUGA